AUGGGGUCAAAGUCAGGAUAUGAUUACCUAUCCAACACAACUGGUACUACAUAUGAAACAGGAUAUGAUGACCUAUCCAACACAACUGGUACUACAUUUGAAACAGGAUAUGAUGACCUAUCCAACACAACUGGUACUACAUAUGAAACAGGAUAUGAUUACCUAUCCAACACAACUGGUACUACAUAUGAAACAGGAUAUAAUUACCUAUCCAACACAACUGGUACUCCAUAUGAACCAGGAUAUGAUGACCUAUCCAACACAACUGGUACUACAUAUGAAACAGGAUAUGAUUACCUAUCCAACACAACUGGAUAUGAUUAUCUAUCCAACACAACUGGUACUACAUAUGAAACAGGAUCUAAUUACCUAUCUAAGACAACUGGUACUACAUAUGAAACAGGAUCUAAUUACCUAUCUAACACAACUGGUACUACAUAUGAAACAGGAUCUAAUUACCUAUCUAACACAACUGGUACUUCAUAUGAAACAGGAUCUAAUUACCUAUCUAACACAACUGGUACUACAUAUGAAACAGGAUCUAAUUACCUAUCUAACACAACUGGUACUACAUAUGAAACAGGAUCUAAUUACCUAUACAAAACAACUGGAUCUGGUUACCUAUCCAACACAAUUGGUACUCCAUAUGAAACAAGAUCUGAUUACAUAUCCAACACAACUGGUACUCCAUAUGAAAGAGGAUCUGAUUACCUAUACAACACAACAGGUACUCCAUAUGAAACAGGAUCUGAUUACCUAUCUUACACAACUGGUACUCCAUAUGAAACAAGAUAUGAUUACCUAUCCAACACAACUGGUACUACAUAUGAAACAGGAUCUGAUUACCUAUCUUACACAACUGGUACUCCAUAUGAAACAAGAUAUGAUUACCUAUCUAACACAACUGGUACUCCAUAUGAAACAAGAUAUGAUUACCUAUCUUACACAACUGGUACUCCAUAUGAAACAAGAUAUGAUAACCUAUCCAACACAACUGGUACUACAUAUGAAACAGGAUCUAAUAACCUAUCUAACACAACUGGUACUACAUAUGAAACAGUAUCUAAUUACCUAUCUAACACAACUGGAUCUGAUUACCUAUCCAACACAUCUGGUACUACAUAUGAAACAGGAUUUAAUAACCUAUCCAACACAACUGGUACUUCACAUGAAACAGGAUCUAAUUAUUUAUCCAACACAACUGGUACUACAUAUGAAACAGGAUCUAAUUAUCUAUCUUACACAACUGGUACUCCAUAUGAAACAAGAUAUGAUUACCUAUCUAACACAACUGGUACUGCAUAUGAAACAGGAUGUGAUUACCUAUCUUACACAACUGGUACUCCAUAUGAAAUAAGAUAUGAUUACCUAUCUAACACAACUGGUACUGCAUAUGAAACAGGAUCUGAUUAUCUAUCCAACACAACUGGUACUUCAUAUGUAACAGGAUCUAAUUACCUAUCUAACACAACUGGUACUACAUAUGAAACAGGAUCUAAUUACAUAUCCAACACAACUGGAUAUGAUUAUCUAUCCAACACAACUGGUACUACAUAUGAAACAGGAUCUAAUUACCUAUCUAAGACAACUGGUACUACAUAUGAAACAGGAUCUAAUUACCUAUCUAACACAACUGGUACUUCAUAUGAAACAGGAUCUAAUUACCUAUCUAACACAACUGGUACUACAUAUGAAACAGGAUCUAAUUACCUAUCUAACACAACUGGAUCUGGUUACCUAUCCAACACAACUGGUACUCCAUAUGAAACAAGAUCUGAUUACAUAUCCAACACAACUGGUACUCCAUAUGAAACAGGAUCUGAUUACCUAUACAACACAACAGGUACUCCAUAUGAAACAGGAUCUGAUUACCUAUCUUACACAACUGGUACUCCAUAUGAAACAAGAUAUGAUUACCUAUCCAACACAACUGGUACUACAUAUGAAACAGGAUCUGAUUACCUAUCUUACACAACUGGUACUCCAUAUGAAACAAGAUAUGAUUACCUAUCUAACACAACUGGUACUCCAUAUGAAACAAGAUAUGAUUACCUAUCUUACACAACUGGUACUCCAUAUGAAACAAGAUAUGAUAACCUAUCCAACACAACUGGUACUACAUAUGAAACAGGAUCUAAUAACCUAUCUAACACAACUGGUACUACAUAUGAAACAGUAUCUUAUUACCUAUCUAACACAACUGGUACUACAUAUGAAACAGGAUCUAAUUACCUAUCUAACACAACUGGUACUACAUAUGAAACAGGAUCUGAUUACCUAUCCAACAGAACUGGUACUCCAUAUGAAACAGGAUCUGAUUACCUAUCCAACAAAACUGGUACUACAUAUGAAACAGGAUAUGAUUAUCUAUCCAACACAACUGGUUCUACAUAUGAAACAGGAUCUGAUUACCUAUCCAACAGAACUGGUACUCCAUAUGAAACAGGAUAUGAUUAUCUAUCCAACACAACUGGAUCUGAUUACCUAACCAACACAACUGGUAAUACAUAUGAAACAAGAUAUAAUUACUUAACCAACACAACUGGUACUCCAUAUGAAACAGGAUCUGAUUAUCUACACAACACAACUGGUACUACAUAUGAAACAGGAUCUAAUUACCUAUACAACACAACUGGUACUACAUAUGAAACAGGAUAUGAUUAUCUAUCCAACACAACUGGAUCUGAUUACCUAUCUUACACAACUGGUACUCCAUAUGAAACAAGAUAUGAUUACCUAUCUAACACAACUGGUACUGCAUAUGAAACAGGAUCUGAUUAUCUAUCCAACACAACUGGUACUUCAUAUGUAACAGGAUCUAAUUACCUAUCUAACACAACUGGUACUACAUAUGAAACAGGAUCUAAUUACAUAUCCAACACAACUGGAUCUGAUUACCUAACCAACACAACAGGUACUCCAUAUGAAACAGGAUCUGAUUACCUAUCCAUCACAACUGGUACUCCAUAUGAAACAGGAUCUGAUUAUCUACACAACACAACUGGUACUACAUAUGAAACAGGAUCUAAUUACCUGUACAACACAACUGGUACUACAUAUGAAACAGGAUAUGAUUAUCUAUCCAACACAACUGGAUCUGGUUACCUAUCCAACACAACUAGUACUCCAUAUGAAACAGGAUCUGGUUACCUAACCAACACAACUGGUACUACAUAUGAAACAGGAUCUAAUUACCUAUCCAAGACAACUGGAUCUAAUUACCUAUCUAACAACACUGGUACUACAUAUCAAACAGGAUCUAAUUACCUAUCCAACACAACUGGUACUACAUAUGAAACAGGAUCUAAUUACCUAUCUAACACAACUGGUACUCCAUAUGAAACAGGGUCUGAUUACCUAUCCAACACAACUGGUACUACAUAUGAAACAGGAUCUAAUUACCUAUCUAACACAACUGGAUCUAAUUACCUAUCUAACAACACUGGUACUACAUAUCAAACAGGAUCUAAUUACCUAUCCAACACAACUGGUACUACAUAUGAAACAGGAUCUAAUUACCUAUCUAACACAACUGGUACUCCAUAUGAAACAGGGUCUGAUUACCUAUCCAACACAACUGGUACUACAUAUGAAACAGGAUCUAAUUACCUAUCUAACACAACUGGAUCUAAUUACCUAUCUUACACAACUGGUACUCCAUAUGAAACAAGAUAUGAUUACCUAUCUAACACAACUGAUACUGCAUAUGAAACAGGAUCUGAUUACCUAUCUUACACAACUGGUACUCCAUAUGAAACAAGAUAUGAUUACCUAUCUAACACAACUGGAUCUAAUUACCUAUCUAACAACACUGGUACUACAUAUCAAACAGGAUCUAAUUACCUAUCCAACACAACUGGUACUACAUAUGAAACAGGAUCUAAUUACCUAUCUAACACAACUGGUACUCCAUAUGAAACAGGGUCUGAUUACCUAUCCAACACAACUGGUACUACAUAUGAAACAGGAUCUAAUUACCUAUCUAACACAACUGGAUCUGAUUACCUAUCCAAUACAACUGGUACUCCAUAUGAAACAGGAUCUGAUUAUCUAUCCAACACAACAGGUACUACAUAUGAAACAGGAUCUGACUUACUAUCCAACACAACUGGUACUACAUAUGAAACAGGAUAUGAUUACAUAUCCAACACAACUGGAUCUGAUUACCUAACCAACACAACAGGUACUCCAUAUGAAACAGGAUCUGAUUACCUAUCCAUCACAACUGGUACUCCAUAUGAAACAGGAUCUGAUUAUCUAUACAAUGCAACUGGUACUACAUAUGAAACAAGAUCUAAUUACCUAUACAACACAACUGGUACUACAUAUGAAACAGGAUAUGAUUAUCUAUCCAACACAACUGGAUAUGAUUACCUAUACAACACAACUGGUACUACAUAUGAAACAGGAUCUGACUAA